AUGAUUACAAAGUGUACCGAACUCUACGCUGAAGACGAUGAGCUCCAGUUGCUUUCACUUCAGUAUGCGGACAGGUCGUUCGCAUUCAACAUCUUCUUACCCAAAACGCGAUUUGGUCUUGAUGAAGUCCGAUCAAAACUCACCGGAGAGAAAAUUCAACAGUUGCUCUCAAAACUGGAAACAACGUUUGUCUCGAUCACAAUCCCCAAGAUGAAAAUCGAGACGGACUUUAAACUCAAAGAAGCGCUAAUGGCCAUGGGAGUGACUAAUAUAUUCUCUGACAAGGCUGAUUUGACUGGAAUCGCCGAGAAACCUCCACUCAAAGUUUCACGUGCUGCUCAUAGAGCCAUCAUUGAGGUAGAUGAAGAAGGAACAACCGCAGCUGCUGUCACGCUAUUCGAAGAAAACACUAAAGAGACUCUCUUUCAAAAGACCGCUGAACUUCCGAGCCGAUCAUCCGUUUCUGUUCAUCCUUACCAAGGAUAA